AUGAGUGUGAUCGAUGCGACUGUAUACGGUGUUGAAGUUGGGAAAAAUGAAGGGCGAGCUGGAAUGGCUGCAGUGGUUCUCGGCGAUGGCGUGAAUGUUGAAGAAUUCAUGAAAGAGAUUGCCAAGAAAUUAAGAGAUAACCUUGCCAGUUACGCGAUUCCCGUGUUUAUAAGACUUUGCAAGGAAGUUGAUCGAACGGGUACGUAUUUCACAUUAUUAACACUU